AUGGCGACGGCUUUACUAAAACAUCCUUUAGAAUGUUCGAUUUGUUUAGAAAAUUUCAAUACCCGUACACCCAAAAUUUUAUCAUGUGGACACUCGUUUUGUCUCGAAUGCUUGGUGACAUAUAUAAAUGGCAAAAAGGAGACAUUUCCAUGCCCAGUUUGUAAACAGGAUAUUGAAAUUCCACAAGGUGGUGUCGACAAGUUAAUUACAAAUUUUUCUUUA